CCCUCUUUGCAAAGGUCCUGCUAGGGAUAAGGUAACCAAAUGCUCUCUUUGGUAAACUUAGCCUUGUAACAUUACCACAGGCCUGAGUUGGACCUUGAACCGUGCAAAGGCGUAUUAGAAUGAGUACAGUGUGAUUGUUCAAAGGUGAAAACAUUUCUUAGGCAAGGAAUAAAUUCAGAUUGCUUUGAGACCAAGAGCCCACACUUCAGCAGUGUGAUAAUGAUGUUCUGGCAAGUUCAGCUCUAAGUUGGGGGGCUGGUAGAUGAAUAUUUGAGGACUAUGUUUGAGAGAUGAGCGAUAUGUUUGGGACUUGGGAUCAUUGAUUGGAUCAAUUCUAUGAGAAAGGAUCUUGAUUCAGGGAGGAGGACUGUGGAACAGAGCUGGUUGUUUACUUUGAUUGAUAUGUAAAGACUUACCACAAGAGAAAGAAUGCAGUCAAACCAAAGAUGUUUGGACAUGGAAGUCAGCUCACCUGACCUUAAAAUCAUUCAGACAGCCAAAGCAAUGGAGGUUCCCCUAAGCACUAUGCACCUCUCAUUAUUUACAGAGGACCAAAAUGGAAAUGGGAUUACUUGCCUCAGUGACUCUUCAUCAGAUUCACCAAGAGACAGUAGCAGUCAUGGCAAGACCAACAGCCCUGCUGAUGUAGAGAUGACAGAGGAGUCUAGCAGUGAAAUGAUUUCAACUUCAGGCAUAAUUAAAUUGGAUAUACAAUCUAACAGCUGCAUGAAAACUGCAGCUGACAACUCUAAUCAGAAUGUAACUUUCAUGAUCUCGGGUCUGCAAAAUGGCAGUACUGAUUCUGAAAUGGCCAUGAGAGAUGUCUGUGGUCUCCACGUAAAGAAAUCUGAUGGUAUUUUAGAGACAUUCGCCAACACUGACACACAACAGGCCAUUGUCCUACGAUCUGUUACUCCAUUACGCUCUUGCUCCAGUGAGAACUGCAGCUCUGUGAGCUCUGGUGAGAUGCCAAUUAGAGGCAACAGUUUUAACAUUCAUGAGUCUGGUCAACAAGUUAGUGGUUCAGUCCUGGAGGAAUCUUUAGAUGUUCCUUCUGAUGAUGGUCUGAUGCCUGGCUUGCUGCCUGAUGUUUGUGAGGGUCUUGCUAAUAACAUGCUCAAUGUUUCAGGACAAAACAGCAAACAUCCUGACUUUGGAUUAACCUUCAUCCAGCCAAGCAAUCAGACAUUUACUAUCGAAGAGGAUGUCUUUCAAACAAUUCCUAAUAAUGGACCUGGAGAAAACAGAGCUUCAUAUUUGGUUGCACGGUUUAAUCAUUCUGAUUGUGUCACACCAGUUAAUCUAAAAAAAAGUCAUGUAGAAGCUGAAAGAUCUGCUCAGUCUGGAUCGGCUGAAGGAAAAACAUUCCAAAUUCCAACCUCAGAGGAACUAGACAUCAGUGGUAAUGCCAAAACCUCUACUCCUGUUCAGUGUAUGAGCUCGAAAACAUUAAGUUAUUCAGACUCUCCUUUCACCAAGAGUAAGACUGAUUUUGGGAGUCCAUUGACUCAAGUCAUGGCAGAACAACAAAGUUCUGUCUCUUUAAAAGCUAAAACAUCAUUGACUGCAUCCACUAAAAGCAAUAAGGUAGACACUAAGAAGUAUACCAAGCCUGACUUUAGUAAUAUAAAAUCUAAAAUAAUGUGUAGAACCACCAGUGCUUUAAAGCCAUCAAGUUCAACAGUAGCCAGUGUGUCAUCAAAUACAAAACAGAACAAAAACCAGACUGGACAUUCUCAUUCCAUGCAAAGCAUAACAGCUCCUACCAAAUCUACCUCUGCAGUUUCUUCCAGUUCUACUCUUACAAGCGGUAGCCUUAAGAGGGUUCAGAACUUUGUGAUUAAAAGAACUCGCUCCUCCACUUGUCAAGAUACUGCGCCUGCUCUAAAAUCCCGGCCUCGCACCUGGUCUGAGACUUCAAGCUCAUCGAAAAAAAAUGGAGACACAACUGUAAAGGAAUCACAGAUGCCUGCACAUGCAAACACCUUCACUCGUGCAAAAAACCCAUCUGUAGGAGGUUUUCUGAGUCGGACCAAACUUGGAGACAAACCUGCUUCCUCUAGAGAAGAAAAAUGUCUCAAGAAACCCCAGAAAACCAGUCCAAAAGCAGACCCGUCCCGGCCAGUAGGAGCAGCGCUGUGUGAUUGGCGCAAACGCAAUCUUGGCUCUCAGCCACUGUCAUCCAGUGCAGGAGGUGCUUUGCCUGCGCAGACUCCAGCUGCAAGCUUUCGCCCACCGACUCUGUCUGCAUCCAAGCUUAAGCCUGGCACUGUACAGAAAAAUGGCUGCACCACCACUGACAUGCCUUCUUCGAGGAGCAAACUGAGCACAUCUGGCAUUCCAGGCAUGCGUGUUGCCGUAAGUCCAGGAACCAAGGGUUCAGGGGGAACCGAUUCCAGAUUCUCUGUUUCUGCUGGCCACCCACAUCCAUCAACCUCCAAACUUCCGAUUAAAACAAGAACCCAACUUAAAAGCUGGAGUGCUUCCAGUGGACACACAAAGACUGAUUCGGAGUCACUAUCAGGAGCUUUGGGAAAACCUCCCACCAACAGGACAACUUCAUUAAGAACUAGGCUCCAAAGUCUGUCUCCUAAAGUUUCAUCUUUUGGAAACAAAAACGCAUCUUCACUAUCACAAUUAUCUGUGAGAUCUGCAGCAAGUGUCUUAAAACCCCCUACUCCAUCAAGGCCUGCUCGAAUUACUGCUGCUGUACCAGUGGCAGGUGGAUUUCACUGUGUGUGCUCCACCGAGGAGUCGUCUCAGCAGCAUGAAGCCUGUGUUCUGCAGCCAAGUCCAUAUGACCCAGCUGAGAUGGGUUACACAGCCAUUGCCAAGUCACACUUUAUAUGCAUCUUUAUAAAUGUAUCACCUGCUUGAGAUUGAAUUGCUUUUAGCAGUUACGUGCCUGAUUAGCAAAAAUGUAUUCGGCUUGCAAUAGGCCACAUUUGAAUUUCAAAAAUAGGUUUUUACUUGCAGUAAAAUGUCCUAUUGCUUCAGUUGAUUCAAUCUUCGGUAGUUGGUUUAUCCUGGUCACUGCCAGUGUUCUGCAAUUCUCCUUUGCUUAUAAGAUAAGUCAUUGUGGAAAGUGAUUGUGUUCUACCUGCACUGCAGUAACUGGAAUUAUUAAAAUUGCACACUUACAAGAA